AUGUCCGCAGGCGGACAGUCAGCAAAUCCAGAGGGGACUUGGGACGAAGAGCGAUGCGAAGCGGCAAUUGCGCGGCUUGAGCAGCUCCAGGAGCAGAUGGACGCCAUGCGGCUUGCCAUUCAUCGAAUAGUCAAACCUUUGACUGCCCCACGCAACAACCCCGACCAGCUAUAUGCCGCCUACAAGAACGCGGUACUCGGAUCACAGAACGAAAUCAAAGCGCUUCGAGGGAACUGGCAGAGCCAAGAAACCCAGUCGAUUUUCGAGCACACCAAGGAGAGCCUCAGGGCUAACUCGGACCUGAGCGCAGCUGCAAAUGUGCCGCAAUGGGGCUGGCGGGAAGCGCAGGAAAGACGGCGGAAGGCAGGUAGUCGGAAGCGAAAGGCGGCCGAGAUGGAGGACGCGCCCACUAGACUCGACGCAGCGGAGGUCAAACGCAUUGUUGAGGAAGCGCAGAGGGAGCAUCCUCAGAUUCAUGUUGAGAUGAGGAAUGAAGACAAUCGCGAGUUGACGAUACGCUUCGCGGACGGUGCGAAACCUAAGCUUCUCACAUCGAAUCUGGUCUUUUCUGUGGCUGUCCAGCACCAAGCAAACGGCCAGCACAAAUUGGAUGCAGAGUGUUUGGGCAUGGCACCCGACGCAUUUGUGAUAUCGAGGUGUAUUGCGUCACGUCCAAGGGCAAACGACCUUAAGUAUCUUUUGGAUAUGAUUGCUGCAUAUUAUACUGUACGCGGAAGCAGUUGCGCAAAAUGCAAGGAGCGAUUUGAUCGCUCCAUGCAAUCCCCAAUGGCUAGACGGAGCUUGCAGACCACCACUGACAGUGGUACUACGGAAACGACCUGGCAAGCUUUCCAUGAAAGCUGUCUUUAA